AUGGUGUACACGGUCAUUGACCCGUGGGCGGGCUCGUACGCCAUGGAGGCGCUGACGGCCGAGAUGUGUGUCAUUGACCCGUGGGCGGGCUCGUACGCCAUGGAGGCGCUGACGGCCGAGAUGCGUGUCAUUGACCCGUGGGCGGGCUCGUACGCCAUGGAGGCGCUGACGGCCGAGAUGCGUGUCAUUGACCCGUGGGCGGGCUCGUACGCCAUGGAGGCGCUGACGGCCGAGAUGUUGCGCGCCGGGCGGGAGGUCAUUGACCAGGUGGAGGAGAUGGGCGGCAUGGCCGAGGCGUCGCUUCGGCUGGCCCAGCUCAAAAUCGAGGAGUGCGCCGCCCGCAAACAGGCCGCCCAUCGACUUCCGGCAAAGGUCGAGACAAUCGUCGGCGUCAACAAGUACCGGCUGGAGAAGGAGGAGCCGCUAGACGUGCUGAUGAUUGACAACGAGCAGGUGGUACCGGCUGCAGUGCGCCAAGCUGGAGCGCUGCGGGCCGAGCGGGACGCGGAGGCCGUGCGGCGCGCCCUGCACGAGCUCACAGAGACGGCGCGCUCCGGCGAGGGCAACCUGCUGAAGGCGGCUGUGGCAGCAGCGCGGGCGCGCGCCACUGUCGGCGAGAUCACGCAGGCCAUGGAGGAGGUGUUCGGUCGGCACGUGGCUACUGACAAGUUUGUCUCGGGCGCGUACAAGUCCGAGUACGCCGACACAGAGGACUUGCAGCGUGUCAUGCAGAAGGUGGCGGAGUUUGCCGAGGAGGAGGGCCGCCGGCCGCGCAUCCUCGUGGCCAAGAUGGGCCAGGACGGUCACGACCGCGGCGCCAAGGUCAUUGCCACCGGCUUCGCCGACCUGGGCUUUGACGUGGACGUCGGCCCGCUCUUCCAGACGCCGGAGGAGGUGGCGCAGCAGGCGGUGGACGCGGACGUGCACGUGGUGGGCGUGUCGACACUGGCCGCCGGCCACCGCACGCUGGUGCCGGCGCUGGUGCGCGCGCUGCGCGCCGCCGGCCGCGGCGACGCGCUCGUGAUCGUGGGCGGCGUCAUCCCGCCGCAGGACUACCAGAUGCUGUACGACUGCGGCGCGGCCGCCGUCUUCGGGCCGGGCACCAAAAUCCCGGUGGCCGCGCUGGAGGUGCUGUCGAUGAUCUCCAAGAACAUCCGAGAGCGACAGACGGCCUGAGGCGCCGGCGCCGACACGCGCGGUGUCG